CAACAAAUAUUGUCAAAUGAACAUUUGCUAUAGAUUAAAACCUAUGAAAGCAAAACUAAAAGAAUGUUGGUAACUUUUUACUUCACCAUUAUCUCACAAAGAAGUGUGAACAUAUAAUCCUCAUAUUUUAAAGAUGGCGGAAAAAGAAGAAUUCAGUCCUGUACCAGGAGAUAUCCCAGUUACAAUGGGCGAAGAGAUCCAGAAGAGGAAACCCGUGAUUAAAGAAAGUCUUGCGCCGGUGUUAACACUAAUGAAGUUGUUUGGAUUGUAUUAUGAAGACACAUGCGAGAAGAUAGGAUGGAAAAAAAUUUGGAAUAAAUCUUCCAAAAUAUACAGCAUUAUUAUGCUACUUGUGUUUAUGACAGCUGUUGGAAAGUCAGUUGCAGCGUUAUUUUAUCAAUCAAACAAAGAUGGCUACUACACAGCUGCAAUUUUCAUCAUCUAUUACUUCAAAUGCACAGUGCAAAUAUAUGCUUGCCUUAAAAUCAGUCCCUGCUCACAGACAUGUGUACUUUGGACUUUUAUCGACAGAGUGCAAACCUUUCUGGAUGACAUAAAAUUGUGCCACUGCCGCAAAGUCGAAAAUAAUUUCCGAAGUAAAUUGAAACGCUGGUUGUAUGCUUUCGUGGGAAUUUUCUUUACUUGCGUUGCAGCCAACGUCUUUGUUCUUUUUUAUCCACUAAAAGAACUUGAUAUGGUUUUAAGCAAGUUGGUGUCUCCGUUACCCGACACAUUCGGUGUUUAUGCUGCGCGAACAGUAUUUGAAGUUUUCGUUCUAGCUACCUGGUUUUUGCCAGUGGCGUUAUGUGGUGUUUUGACUCAAUCGAUUUCAUAUAUUUUUGAGGAGUUCUUCCGAUACCUAAAACACCGCAAAAUGAAUGGCCUAUGUUUGCGAACUUACAUUAAAGAAAUUCGAGAAAAGUACGUCGCCAUGACAACUAUGUGCUCGGAUUUGGAUGAUAUGUUGAGUUAUAUAUUCAUGAUAUCAUACCUGACGGAUAUAGUGCUGGUGUGCUUGGAACUGAGGAUGUGCGUGGUUUCAGUUGGAAGCCUAGUUUCAAGAUUUCUUGUCCUAUUCUGGUGUGUGCCAUCUCUUUUUUCGCUGGUCACACUCUCCUACUAUUCGUCAAGAUUAGUAGAAAAGGGAGAAGAAAUGUUGCAGUACAUACAGAAAGUGGAUAUUUAUAAUGUCGACAUGGACGCAAAGGUUCAGUUGGAUUUGUUGUUAUUUCACUUGAGUGCACAACCAGUUGUUUUGACGAUAUGGAAGAUGAUUCCACUGUACAAGUCAAUCAUUGUUUCAAAGUUGCAAGAAAUCUUUUGGAACACCAAAAAUUAUUAAUUUUGGGAAUAAUUGUUUUCGCAACAGGUCUGGUAAUGUUUGAUAUUUUCAGUAAUAUACUUAUGGAAGCAUAAAGAAACUACACAGACAUACCGUUUUUUUUACCAAAACGUAAAUUACAACAGCGACAAAAAAAGACGACAACAACGGCAAAACACGAAGACAACAACGGAAAAACACAACUUUGACGGCUGCAACAACAACAAAGAAACAAUUAGGAAUUAUUUUUUCUUUUUUUUAGAUCUUUGUCAGCAUCAUAACGUACUUUACCAUUCUCAUUGCGUUCUGAUGAUAUCACCAAAUUACAACAUUGAUGCAAGAUGAUCAAUAUCUUAGUUGCAUGGAACCGAAACGUGAAAGUUUAAAUGAAAACCAAAAAUACGUUGACAUUAUAAUUUUGUUGAUCAGUCGCAAAAAACACUGUAAUAUAGUUGAAUUUAUCAUUUACAA